AGUUUAAAAUGACAUUUGUUUAACCGCGCAAUGAUUUACCUCAAAAAAGUUGUAAGUAAUCUUUAUCAGUAAAAAAUGGAUGAAAACAUAAUCCUCUCCGGUUUAAAAGAAACUUUCAAGUUUGACAGCUUCAAGUCCAGUCUUCAAGAAAAUGCCAUCAAGGAAAUCUGUCAAAGAAAAAAUGACGUUCUUGUUUCAAUGCCCACGGGCUCUGGAAAAUCGUUGUGCUACCAGCUCCCGGCAGUUCUACACCCCGACAAAGUUACCAUUGUGUUUUCACCCCUUCUGGCUCUGAUUAAAGAUCAAGUCGAUCAUCUUCAGGCUCUACAUGUCAGAGCAGCUUCGCUCAAUUCAAAAACGCUAAAAGCGGAACGUGAUUCGCUUAUGGCUGAUUUAAAAUGUAAACAAACUUUAACUCGGUUGCUUUAUAUAACUCCGGAGCAAGCAGCGACACACACUUUUCGGUCUUUGUUCGACUACUUGGUCAAAUUUGACAAGGUUGCUUAUAUUGUGGUAGAUGAGGCUCACUGUGUGAGUCAAUGGGGGCACGAUUUUCGACCAGAUUACCUCAAAUUGGGGGACUUACGCAUCAGUCCUUCAAUUCCCUGUCUAGCCUUAACUGCAACAGCAGGUGCUGAUGUUACCAAAGAUAUUAUUAAAAAUUUGAAGCUCAGCAAUAAUUUGAAAGUGUUUAAAACGUCAUGCUUCCGCGCGAAUUUGUUUUAUGAUGUGUUUUAUCAGAAUAUGUUGGAGAAUCCGUUUAUGCAUUUAAAGAAAUUUAUCGAUGAGUGUCUUAAAGGGGACAGUGAGGACGUGAAAAUGGGGGAUCGGGGGUGCGGCAUCGUGUAUUGUAGGACCAGGGAACAGACUGAGGUGGUGUCGAAUAAAUUGAAUAGUUUGGGGGUGCAGUCAAGGUGUUACCAUGCGGGAUUGCGCAAUGCUGAUAGGUUAGAGUACCAGGAGGCCUGGCAGAAGGGGGAAUAUACUGUGAUUUGUGCGACAAUAAGUUUUGGAAUGGGGGUGGAUAAAGCUACAGUGAGAUUCGUGGUACACUGGGGCGUACCAAAAGACCCAGCGUCCUUUUACCAAGAAUCUGGCCGUGCUGGACGUGAUGGUAAACCAUCAAAAUGCCGAAUUUAUUAUAAUAGGGCUGAUUGUCGCGCCAUUGAGUUCCAUCUAAGCCAUGAUCUUGCUAAAGCUAAAGAUAAAGAAUCCAGGAAGGCUAAGGCAGAGACUGCCAUUAAAGGGUUCAAGAAGAUGGUAGAGUACUGCGAAAAUGCAAACGCGUGCCGCCACAAGUUAUUCACUGACCAUUUCGGUGAACCCCCGCCUAAAUGCUCAAAAAGAUGCGACAUCUGCAAAGACAAAAAAGCCGUAGAAAAAAUGGUGGAGGAGUUCCAUGUUAAAAGUAUUGAAUAUAGCAGUAGGGCUUUCAGUUCGCGGGAUUUGGACUAUUCUGAUUUGUACGGCGAGGGACGAAAGGGACAGAAAGAUGACGCUCAGGAUUAUGCGAGUGACGAAUUUAAUAGUGACGUUAGAGAAAAAAGGGCCAAGAAAGAAUCGAAUCAGUUAAUACAGAAGCAGUUUGCUUUGAGAAGGAGCGCGCAGGAAGUGUCUCAGAAAACGAUAGAUAAGUUAUUUUCCGAACGUUCCCGAGUGAUGGCGGCUUCGUCCACUUCUAGUAAAGUUAAGGGGUUAACGUUGGUACUACGCGAGCAGUAUUUAUCGAAAAUUGUGGAAGUAUUACAUGCGAAUUAUAAGGAUUGUAUGGAUGUGGAAGACCAGAGUUUCGACAGGCGGGAUGUUGAAGAUUGCGCAGUUGAGAUGGAGUAUUCGGUUUUUACAGCCAACACGAAUAUGACUAUGUAUAGGAGUUCUCUAGCGAAGAUGAUAUCGGCGAUAAAACGAUGCACUGAUGACAAAAUCGUCUAUGAAACCCUACUGACUUUCACCCCCAAACCGGCUAAAUAUGAAACUCUGGGAGAUUUAUUCAGGAACAUCGAGAAAGAACAAAAGAGCAAAAUCAAGACAGGCAGCCAGUCCGAGGAAGUAAGUGUGAAGAAGGCGACGAACGGGACUUUCCAAACCGCUUGGCAGGUGCUAGAGAAAGAAGAGAGGAAGAAACAACCGACGAUAGGCGAUUUCUUCAAGAAAGUGGAAAGUGAGGUUAAGACUGAUGAGAUGGGGGAGAAAAAGAAUCGUGAUUUGAAAAGCCUGUUCGGUGAGGAGCCCGACGAAGAGGAGGGGAAGAAGGUGGACGUCCAAAUCGACCAUGACAAGAAGGAACGGAAAAGGAAGCACGAGGAGAAGCACAAAAGACAGGAGAAGAAACAGAAAGUUGGCGAGUCUUCCAUGGAUAAAGAGUACGAGAAGUUUGUCGAGGCGGUCGAGAAUAGCGUAGAAAAGAAGAACGAACAAAACGGUGAAAGCAGCAACAAAGUUAAAAAGAAUAAAUUGAAGAAGACUGAGAUUGGGAAUCUCGUUGUUAAGUUGCUCACUCCAGCUUAUGUGGAAAGGAGGUUUGAAUCUAGAGACACUUUCAAAAGCACAGCUAGGAAUAUAUCACAUGCUUUAAUUGAUAAAGACGAAAAUGAAAUCAAAGAAUACGUCGAGAACUUCCUAAAGAAGAACGACGAAAUUACGUCACAGACUGUAUUGUGAGGUGAAAAAGCGUUUGGAGUUAUUUUUCUAACGAAGUUGUGUUUCAUUUGUAAAAUUUAUUCAGCUCAUAAAACUUAUUUUAAUGUA